AUGGCUUUUUUCAUUGCUAUGCGAACCCGCCUUGUGCCAAGGUUACUAAAGCUUAGAUCUAGUACUUCAAGGCUACUUUCUACGAAAGCAUCUUCUUCAUCCAAGGCUUCAGGACUCUCCGCUGCCCAGCAGACGCUCCUUUCUGAUCUUCAUCAUCAGCUUCCUCCUCCUGAGGCGCUGGUAAAGGAGCGGAAAGGUCUAAAGUUUCUUAGUAACGUAUUCCUCUGGGCUCUCACCGGUGCUACCGCUGCUGUUGGUUACACUAGCUAUGCUUACACAUUAGAUGAAGUGAAACAGAAGACAAAGUCAUACCGAGAAUCUGCUUUCAACACUCAACCAGCUCUUCAUUCUUCCUCCGGCAUUCAUAAAUAUCAGGCAAUGUUGUACUCUGCUGCCAUCAAAGUUCCUGCAAGAGCCAUUGAUAUGUACUUGGAGCUUAGGGAAUCUGUGGAGGAACAAGUUAAAGGCUUCGCUGAACCUGUCUCGGAAAAGCUUCUUCCUGAUUUGCAUCCCUUAGAACAGAAUGUAAUCUACACUCUCGUUCUUGAUUUGAAUGAGACUCUGAUUUACACUGACUGGAAGCGAGAAAGAGGGUGGAGGACGUUCAAAAGACCAGGUGUUGAUGCAUUCUUGGAGCACCUUUCCAAAUUCUAUGAGAUUGUCCUCUAUACUGACCAGAUGGAUAUGAAUGUAAUACCCGUCUGUGAGAAGUUAGACCCAAAUUACAACAUACGUUAUAGGUUAGCCAGAAACGCUACUAAAUAUGAGAAUGGAAAGCACUACCGGGAUCUGUCAAAGCUGAACAGGGACCCGAAGAGGAUUAUCUAUAUUAGCGGGAAUGCUUUUGAUACAAGCCUUCAGCAUGAGAAUUGUGUGCCAAUCAACCCUUACAAACUCGAAUCUGAUGACACAGCCCUUGUCGACCUGAUACCUUUCCUUGAAUAUGUUGCACGUAGCAAUCCAGCUGAUAUCAGACCUGUUCUAGCUUCUUACGACAGAAAAGAUGUUGCCAAAGAGUUCCUUGAGAGGUCCAUUGAGUAUCAAAAACGAAUGGAAGGACAAAGACAAGGCCGACUCUGGAGGCGUUAGAAGGACCUAAAACCUUUUAUGUAUAGUUAGAGACGAUUAUAUCCUCGUUGAUUCAUUACACCAUAAAACAAGAACAGAAGCUACUGUUCUUUGCUGAGGGUUUUACUUAGAACUAAAAUCGUGGCUUCCUCUUGAUAGUGUUUUGUUUUUUUUACACAUUUUUUCCUCUCGUAGCAACCUUUGUCUCGGUUUUACAAAGUGAACUUUUUGCAGGAGAGCGAAAAUGAUUUUUUUGUUAGCAAAUAGAUAUUUUUAUUUUAAAAUAUACUAUUCUCAUUUUGCCAA